UUUACAAAUUCAAACUCAGUAUUCAUUUGUUUAUUUUUAACAGGAUAUGAAAGAACGCCUCGCUCGGUCGGCGCCAGAAUUAUUGUUUUCUUCUGGUGGGUAUUCUGCGCAUUAUUUCUCAUGACAUAUACAGCAAGUUUGACGAAUUAUUUGCGCAUCAUCUCCCAGUGGGACGCUCAUUGGUCCAGUAUGCCUGUAGUAGCUGACCUCCAGGAGUUGUCCAAUCAGAACGUCAUAAAAUAUGGAAUGUUAGGAAGUGGCUCGACAAGCGCAUCCUUUGAAAACAGUAAUGUAGGCUUCAUGAGAAAUAUCUUUAACGAUAUCAAAAACCGCAAUUCUUUUCACAGCUCCAUUAAAGAUGGAGUUGAUAGAAUUCGCAAAUCGUAUGAAGAACCAUAUGCUUUCAUAAUGGAAUCGCCUUCGGCUAUGUAUCUCGCCAAUCGAAAGCCAUGUGAUCUUAUGCUCAUCUUAGAUCCAUUAGCAUAUGAAAGAUACUUUGCUUUCGGCUUCAAAACAGGAUUUGACCAUGCCAGCAUUAUUAACCAAGCAAUUCAAGAAAUGCGAGAGAGUGGCCGCCUAAAUGAACUUAGAAAUAUUUGGUGGAAAGACCAAUGUGCCACUUUUGACAAUGUUUUACAAAAACCAGUGAGGGAAUCAUUUUAUUCGGUAACACUCGGAAGUUUUUCGGGAGUUCUCAUAAUGUUGGCUAUUGGUGUGAUACUCGGUUCUAUUGUAGCAGGAAUUGAAGGACUCGUGACCCGACGAAAAUAUAGCGUUACUGGAAGCAUUUAAUGAAAUGCUUCAAUUAAAAGAAAAUAAUUACAGAAAACUACAUUAAUUAAAAAGUGAAAGACAACCACUAAUUAAGAUUUUUAGUUAAAGAAAAACAAAAAAAUAAUAUUUGAUAUUUUCUAAUCUGCAGUUUCGGAGUGAUCUUUUUUGUAUUUUUUAUUUUUAUUUUUAAAGCCUAUUUCUUGAAAUAAAAUUUCGUCUGCAUUUAGA